AUUGAUCCAAAGAUGUUGAGCAUCUUAUGUCAAUAUUACUUUUGAAAAUAAAGUACAUUAAACGACCUUAACAUUCCAAUAUAUAUCUCCACUUCUAUGCCUCUUACAAUUCAAUUCCCAUCAAAACAAUCACAACCUUCUUAUCCUUUCUCAUCAAACAUUCAAGCUAGAGAAAAGUCAUAAUCAUGAAACAAUUAUCUGAAAAAUACAAGAAACUACUCUUGAUAGGCCUUCUUUCUUCCCUCGUACUCAUAGCCACCACUGUCGGUGUCGGCAUUGGAGUAAGAUCAUCUCACCAAAGAGACAAUAACAACCCUAGACUCUCCCCCGAAACACACUUGGUUCUUAAAUCCUCGUGUAGUAGUACUCGAUACCCCGACCUUUGCUACUCGGCCAUUGCCUCCGCUCCUUCCACCACCACUACAAAAAUAUCUACUCAAAAGGAUGUCAUUGCUGCCUCCUUAAACCUCACUACUCGGGCUGUGGAGCACAACUACUUCACAGUCGAGAACCUCAUCACGACACGUAAGAAUCUUACGGUUCGUGAGAGGAAUGCCCUACACGACUGUCUGGUUUCUAUUGAUGAAACCCUGGACGAGCUCAGGAUGACCUUACAGGACCUCCUGAACUACCAGCAUAAUGACAAUAACAAUAAUAAAGGCGGUAAGUCCUUAAAAAACUACGCGGAUGAUAUGAAGACACUCAUAUCAUCUGCCAUCACCGAUCAAGAGACGUGCCUAGACGGAUUCUCCCAUAAUGACGCCGAUAGGCACGUGAGGGAAACGCUCCAAAGCGGGCAAGUCCACGUAGAAAAAAUGUGUAGCAACUCCUUAGCCAUGAUCAAGAACAUGACCGACACUGAUAUGGCUGCCGCGACAACCACUAAGAAGAACUCGAGGCAGCUUUAUGCUAAUAACGAUCUUGGUCAUCAAGUAUUCGGUUGGCCACAUUGGAUGUCAAGUGUGGAUAAAAGGAUCCUCCAAGAGGGUCCUACAAAGGUGGAUGCCUUGGUGGCGGCUGAUGGGAGUGGUGAUCACCGGACAAUAGCCGAGGCCGUGGCGGCUGCCCCGGUAAAGAGCAAGAAGAGGUAUGUGAUUAGGAUCAAAGCAGGAGUGUAUCAUGAAAUUGUGGAUGUUGGUAAGAAGAAGACAAAUCUUAUGUUUAUUGGAGAAGGAAGAACUAAUACUAUUAUUACUGAAAAGAAGAAUGUAAUUGAUGGCAGCACCACGUACGAUUCUGCUACAGUUGCGAUUAAUGGAGAAGGUUUCUUGGCGCGAGACUUGACCUUUCAAAACACCGCCGGUCCAUCAAAGCACCAAGCCGUAGCACUUCGCGUAGGAGCAGACCUCGCAGCAUUCUACCAAUGUGACAUCUUAGCAUACCAAGAUACAUUAUACGUCCACAAAAGUAGACAAUUCUACGUCAAGUGUCUAAUUGCUGGCACGGUAGACUUUAUAUUUGGUAACGCGGCAGUUGUGUUCCAAGACUGUGACAUUCAUGCACGUAAACCAAAUCCGAACCAAAAGAACAUGAUCACGGCACAAUCAAGAACAGACCCUAAUCAAAAUACCGGGAUUGUGAUCCAAAAAUGUAGAAUUGGAGCCACUUCGGAUUUACAAGCCACGAAAAAUAGCUUUCCGACGUAUCUUGGUAGACCAUGGAAAGAAUACUCUAGGACAAUAAUCAUGCAAUCAUCUAUAAGUGAUGUGGUUCAUCCAGCAGGGUGGCAUGAAUGGGAAGGUGAGUUUGCACUUCAAACUUUGCAUUAUGGAGAGUAUAAAAACUCCGGUCCAGGAGCCGACACUUCGAAACGUGUACAAUGGAGGGGAGUCAGAGAACUUACUGAUGUCGCCGAGGCUCAGCAAUACACUCCGGGGAAUUUCAUUGCAGGAGGAAGUUGGUUAGCCUCCACUUCUUUCCCCUUCUCUCUUGGUCUCUAGUCAACUAUUUUACCAUUCAAUAAUUCGAUUCGUUGUACUCCGUAUUUGUUGUUGUGUUAGAUAUUGUUGGUUGAAUGCAAGGGUUAAGCGCCUACUUGUUAAAGGAGUUGAUCAUGUCAAAUGAUGUAUUAAACUAUUGAUGUAAUAACAACGAGUAAAACCAUUGAUUGAAUUAUUAGAUUGCAUCUUAUAUGUUGUUCAAA